AAAUUCUCUCCCUCUCGUUGCCUGCUGGGCCAGGAUUGUGUGAAACACAAAGGACAUGAGAAAACAUCCUGGACAAGACUGAGUGAAAGAGAUACAUCUGCUGCACAAUGCCAUGCCAGACCCUGACACACAGACUCUACAGGAACUACAUGGGGGCUGAGAGCCAAAGGACAAAUGGGAACAUGUCGUGAUCAGCUUGUUUUAUUUAGUCGUUAGCCCUUUAAACAUAGUCCAAAGUGGAACCAGGAAGUGAAAAGUUAAUAAAUAGUUUGUUAUCUUGUUGAGGCCUAAAAGGGGGAAAAACAGAGACUUGGGACUGAAGACACUCAGAGCUCUGGCAGGAGAAGGAUCAACUCUAAGAAGUAAAACCUUCCCUUGAAGUAAAACCUGUGGAAGCCCCCUGAUACUCAGCCCUCUCAACAUGGAACAUUUGUCAAGGCAGGAAUUAGAUGUUAUCCAUGAAAUUCCUCUCUACUGGACUUUUGUGGAGAAGUGGGCCCAGGUGGAAUCAUUCCAGGCCAGGCCAGACGACCUUCUCAUUUCCACCUACCCGAAAUCAGGCACAACCUGGAUUAGUGAAAUCGUGGACAUGAUUUACAACGACGGGGACGAGGAGAAAUGUAAACGGGAUGCAAUUUUCAAUCGAAUCCCUUUCAUGGAAAUGAGCUGCCCUGGACUCCCAAGUGGCACAGAGCAGCUGGCUGUGAUGCCAUUGCCUCGGCUAGUGAAGACCCACCUCCCAGUUCAGCUCCUCCCCGUCUCCUUCUGGGAGCAGGACUGCAAGAUGAUCUACCUUGCCCGAAAUGCCAAGGAUGUGGCUGUCUCUUAUUACCAUUUCUACCAGAUGGCAAAGAUUCAUCCAGACCCUGGCACCUGGGAUGAGUUCCUGGGGAAGUUUAUGGCUGGGAAAGUGGCUUAUGGAUCCUGGUACGAUCAUGUCAAAGGCUGGUGGGAGAAGAAAAAGGCCUAUCGAAUUCUGUACAUGUUCUACGAGGACAUGAAAAAGGACCCAAAGCGCGAAAUAGAGAAGGUGCUCCAGUUUCUGGGAAAGGACCUGAAGGAGGAAGUGGUGAAUAAAAUCCUCCACCAUACCUCCUUCCAGGAGAUGAAGAAGAAUCCUACCGCUAACUAUGAAAUGAUGCCAGCCUGGGCUAUGGACCACAGUGUGUCUCCAUUCAUGAGAAAAGGGAUGUCAGGAGACUGGAAGAAUUACUUCACCGUGGCUCAGAAUGAGAUAUUUGACGCACAUUAUAAAGAGCAGAUGAAAGGCUCGACAUUCAGAUGCCAAAUGGAGAUAUGAAGAAAAGGCUUCCCUAUGUUUCAUCAGACAAAUGCUAGCUGUCUAAAUACUAAGAUGGGUGAACUAGAGUGCCUGGCCUUAAAUGAGGAUAUUGAUAUAAUAAGCAUAAUGGAAACUUGGUGUAAAGAGACUAAUCAGUGUAUUUGCGAUAAUAUGAGGUACAAAAUAUAUAUGAAUGACAGAGCUGGUGGGGGAGUGGCACUAUAUGUGAAAGACAGCCUAAUCAAGUAAAGUAAAAAUCUAAAAUGAAUUAAAUUGAACCAUAGAAUCUC